AUGGAGUUAAUGUUGGACACCGCUAAGAGCCAGGGUCAGACCCAGAGCCAGGGGGGUCAGACUGUCUCCCCUCCCUCAAUCUUCCCCUAUCGCUUCACCUCGGACGGGCGUCUGUCGGGUCACCCAGGGUCACCUUCAUGUUCCAGCGGAGCUGUGACCCAGACGCCCAGCGGAGCUGUGAACCAGGGACCCAACACCCACCCUAGAGAGGACGAGGCCUUAUGUCUCCACGUCACCCAACACGAGGAGGAGCAGCUGCACCUCUUCAGGCUCUACCUCCCACCCCUCAGCAAGGACCCCCACCGAGGAGCCCCCAGCCAGGGCUACGUGUACCUCUCCCCUGGGGCCCUGGAGAGCCCUGCCACCCUGUUGGUGGUGGUCCAGGACCGGGGAACGAUGCGCUGCGGGCUGUGGAGCUGGAGGGCUGCUGCCAGCCGAGGUCUGGAAAGAGGCAGCAUGAUCCCCUACGUGAAGAGGGUCCUAGAAGAGGGCAGCUGGGGAGUCCUCCUGAUGAACCCCAACCAGGGAGGAGGUGUUGGGGAGACUCCGGAGGAGCACGUUCACCGCGUCUGGGACCUCCUGGUGUCGCGCUGCGUCUCCCGGCGCGUCGUCGUGGUAGCGCACGGUUACGGAGGCCUGGCGUUCGUGGACCUGCUGUGCCGACGCCCACAACAAGUGGUGGGGCAGGUGUGGGCGGCGGCCUUCCUGGACUCCUCCCACAGCCUGUGGCACCAGCCGUUGGACGCGGUGGGCACGAGAGUGGCUGGGAGGACACGCUCUAGGAGGUGGGUACUGAGCUCCAAGCCCCUGAACCAGCCGGUGGGGUCACUGAAAGCAGGAUGCCCUCAGAUGUCAGCUGGGACACAGAGUCAUGACGCGGCUCCAUCUGUCUGCAUGGAGUCUGUGUUCAGGUUCUUCUCCAAAACUCUGAGUCCUAAACCGCCCACCACCUUCAGUAUGGUGACCCGCAGCAGGGGCACCAGUGGGGCAGAUCAGACCUCACAACGGGAGAGGCAUCACCAGGCCUUACUGACAGCACCAGGAGUACAGAUCAGACCUCGCAACGGGAGAGGUAUCACCAGGCCUUACUGA